AAUCAAUACCCUACGGCCUACGGUUUCAAAGCUAGGGCUAUAUUACGUCAUUAAUAGUAAAUUUCCAUUUUGUCCUUACAGAGCAUUUUGUAUUUUUGUUCCAUUUACCGUUGGUUAAUACCAAAACAUUUCUGUUCGUCUCUGUACAUAUUCUCAAGUCACAAGCAGAUGAUAUCUAUUAUUGGGUUUUCUUUAUAAAGCAUUGAUAGGAUUUGUGAGAAAUUGAGUGCCAAUCAUGAUUCCCUUUUCUCUCAGCUUGCAUCAAUGGAAUCUGAGGAGAUCCACUGAGUUGAGGUUAAAAUAGAGUUUUCAAGUUAUCUUGGAGUGUUCAUCAACAAGGCUGAGAUUUUCAAGAACAGUUGGGCCUUGCAUGCUGGUGUAUAUAUAGAGAGAGGGAAAAAUGGCAGCAGUGUCGUUUAGGUGGCUAUUACAAAUACACAAGGAUGUGCCAAAAGCAGCUCGUUUUUACUCCGAGGGAUUGGACUUCACAAUUAACGUGUGCACUCUUCGCUGGGCCGAACUUCAAUCAGGCUCUCUUAAGCUUGCCCUCAUGCAAUCUAGCAAUGACCACAUUAUGCAGAAUGGAUACUCUUCUAUGCUAUCAUUUACAGUUACUGACAUUAACAGUACUGUGACAAAACUGAUGGCCUUAGGUGCUGAACUAGAUGGGCCAAUCAAAUAUGAAAUCCAUGGAAAGGUAGUGGCUAUACGUUGCAUCGAUGGCCAUGUUCUUGGCCUCUAUGAACCUGCAUAAGGGCUUUGGAAAAAGUCAUUCUCAAUAGCAACCGAUUGUCAGGGCUAUUACAUCUCUUAUGUUGAUGUUUUCAACUCUCCUGCAGACAUAGAGAAGACAUAGGAAACCUUCCCUUUCUUCGGGUUUCCCUCAAUGAUUGAUAGCGUUUGGUCAUCCAGAUCUAUCAAGGCCGUGCAUAGAGUAUGUAGCAUUGGACCUGAGAAUUUGGUUGAAAAUAGUUAGCAUACAUUUUUUAAUAGUUAAACUGUAAAAGUGUUUUAAGUCAUUCUCUUGAUUACCUGUCAUGUAAAUUGGAUAUGUCGUGUCAUUCGUGUCGCCAAGAAGUGACAGGAAAUCAUCUUUUGAUUCUUUUGGUAGCACAUUUGCUCUUUCUUGCCUGCUCUUGGAGUUGUCAUCUUGUACCUUUGUAAGGAAAUCAUGAUUGUACUUACUUAAUGAAGCUAACUCCAGAAGAAAUCUGUGUAAAAA